AUGGCGCGGCAAACGCCGUUAACAUGCUCAGGACACACGCGACCAGUUGUGGAUCUUAGUUUUUCAGACAACACAAAAGAUGGAUAUUUCAUGAUCUCAGCUUGUAAAGACGGGAAUCCGAUGCUCCGCCAAGGCGAGACUGGCGAUUGGGUGGGGACUUUCAUCGGCCACAAAGGUGCAGUGUGGGCCGCCUCACUCAACAAAGCCUGCUCCCGGGCGGCGACUGGCAGUGCGGACUUUAAUGCUAAGAUUUGGUGCGCUCUCUCUGGAAACGUGCUCCAUAGCUUCCAGCAUGAUCACAUCGUCCGCGCUGUGGAUUUCUCGCUGGAUGGGAACCAGCUUCUCACCGGCUGCCAGGAGAAGAAAGUAAGGAUUUUCGAUCUUCAGAGCGAAGGAAGCAAACCGAAAGUAUACCAAGGCCACAACGGAACGGUCAAGCGCUGUCUCUGGCUAGACCAAAACGUGUUUCUGACCAUCUCCGAUGACAAGAGCUUCAAAAAGUGGGACACAAGAGCUGGGGAAGAGCCUGUUCAGUCUAUUAUGUUGGAAAAGUCGGCGACGGAUUUGGUGAUUCACGAAAAGCGUCAAGUAGCCACCCUUAGCUACUCGAACAUGGUCUCGUUCUGGAAUCCACACGAAAUGACGAUGAUCAAGGAAUUCCCCACGAAAACGCAGGUGAACUCGGCGCACCUCCACCCCAAUUCCGAGCAUUUUGUUUUUGGCGGCGCCGACUUUAAAAUUUACAAGUGCGAUUACAAGACCGGCAGCGUGGAGGACUCUUACAAGGGUCACUUCGGGCCGGUUCAUAUCGUUCGUUUCUCGCCUGACGGAGAGCUGUACGCCUCUGGCUCUGAAGAUGGCACAAUUCGUCUCUGGCAGAACAAUGUAGGCACCAACUACGGGCUCUGGCGCUGCGUGAACACAAGCGACUGA